AUGAAAAAAGCAACAUUUUCAUCAAAAUCAUCAUCAAAUGCACAAUGUCAGAAAUGUCUUAAACAUGGACACUGGACAUACGAGUGUAAAAAUCCAGUUAUAGUUUAUAAAUCUCGUCCAACAAGAACACAACAAUUAAAAAAUAUAGAAUUAUCAAAAGAAAAUAAAAAAGAUCAAUUUAAUUGA